AUGUCUUCUUGUGGUGUGGAUUUGCGUUCUAGUAUUCAGGGGCAUAAAGAAUGGAUCAAUGAAGUGAAUUUCUUAGGAGUAGUGAACCAUCCGAAUCUAGUGAAGUUAGUCGGAUAUUGCGCUGAUGACGACGAACGAGGAAUGCAGAGGCUUCUUGUUUACGAGCUAAUGUGCAACAAGAGCUUAGAGGAUCAUCUUGUAGGACGAGUAGUGCCUGUAUCUCUCCCAUGGAUAACGAGGUUGAAGAUAGCUCAAGACGCUGCUCAAGGCUUAGCUUAUCUUCAUGAAGAAAUGGAUUUUCAGUUGAUUUUCCGGGACUUCAAGUCUUCAAACAUCUUGCUUGACGAGAGAUUCGGUGCUAAACUCUCGGAUUUCGGAUUAGCUAGGCAAGGACCUCCUGAAGGACUUGGUCAUGUCUCUACUUCAGUUGUAGGUACGGUUGGUUAUGCGGCUCCGGAGUAUGUACAAACCGGGAAACUGACGGCAAAGAGCGAUGUGUGGAGCUUCGGGGUAGUGUUGUAUGAGCUGAUAACCGGAAGACGAGCAGUGGACAGAAACCGACCUCGCGGUGAACAGAAGCUUUUAGAAUGGGUGAAACCUUACGUAUCAGACUCGAAGAAGUUCCAUUUGAUCGUCGAUCCACGGCUCGAAGCUCACUGCUACUGUAUGAAAUCUGUUCAGAGAGUAGCUGCUUUGGCAAACAAAUGUCUAAUGAAGCAGCCGAAGUCUCGGCCUAGGAUGAGUCAGGUCGUUUCGCUUCUCCAAAGCAUCAUCGAUGAAACAGAAGAGAUCAUCAAAGAGAGCGAGCCUGAGAUGACCAAGCAAGGGAGUAACUAUAUGAAGAAGGUUCUUGAUCUUAGGGAUAAGAUGAGCUUGAACAAGUCGCUUUCGAAGCUUGAUUGGCGAAACUGGAGUCCAGGGCUGGUUCGAACAUGGUAA